CAAUGAAGAUUAUUCAGCAUUGCCAACUGAUGAUUAUCAUUCUAAAGAGAGUUAUAUCUCAGUACCAGUACUUUGCAACAAAAAGGAAAUACAGAAUUUCACCCAAAUCUAUCAGCCAAUAGUAUACAGUCUAUUAUUUGUUACUGGCAUGGUUGGUAAUGGCCUUGUUUUACUAACUUACUGGUUUUGCCGAAAAAUAAAAUCAAUGACAGAUGUCUACUUAAUCAGCUUAGCCUUGGCUGAUCUCCUCUUGGUCCUGAGCUUUCCCUUUUUAGGCAUUAAUGCUGUUCAGGGGUGGAUAUUUGGAAAUAUAAUGUGCAAAGUGGUACAAGGAUUGUAUUCUGUAAACUUUUUCAGCGGAUUGCUUUUUUUGACAUGCAUCAGUGUGGACAGGUAUAUUGAGAUUGUCCAAGCAGUGCAAGCUCAUAAAUGUCGGCACAAGUCCAUCUAUUAUAGCAAGCUGACUUGUAUAGUUGUCUGGGUGUUCUCUCUUUUACUUACCCUUCCUCAGUUCAUAUAUAGCCACUCUGAGUCUAUUGGAGGAUUCUACCACUGCAAGAUGAUAUUUCCAGAAGAAGUCACCGCUACUGUGAAAGGAAUUAGCAAUGUCGCCCAGAUCAUAUUUGGUUUUAUUAUACCUUCAUUAGUAAUGGUCUUUUGUUAUUCGGUUAUUGUCAAGACUCUGCUGUCUAGCAAGACCUUAAGAAGGCAUAAAACACUUAAAGUUAUUAUUUCUCUUGUGGUGGUCUUUGUCAUGUUCCAGCUACCACACAGUGUGGUUAUAUUCCUGGAGACUGCAGAUAUAUUACAGAGCAAGCAAAUGCCCUGUGAAGUUAGCAAGAAGAAAGAUGUCGCUCUCAUUGUAACUAGUAGCCUGGCAUUCACCAGAUGUUGUCUAAACCCUAUUCUUUAUGCAUUCGUUGGAGUCACGUUUAGAAGAGAUAUCCUGCUCCUGUUGAAGAAUCUUGGCUGUAUAUCAAGAGCAAGUACCACAUACAAUGGUUCCAGAAGACUACAUGCCAGCUCUGUGCACAUAGAUACAAGUAGCUUCAGCUUAUAAAUGCAAGAAAAGCAAGCCACAAGCAUUAAAAUCAUUAGAGGGGUCAUUAACGGCAGGGGUAUCUCAUUCAGCCAUUGUUAAGUAAUUUAGUCCCUGCACUGCUAAUUAUUAUGAUCCAUUUUAAACCAAACAGAAGUCUUACUAAAGCAAUAUACAAUAAAAAUG